UAGGCUCCAGAUAUAAACACAGUUUCUCCUUCUCCUCUCAAGCUGCAGCAGUUUUUCCCCAAAAGUCUGAAGCGGAUUGGAGGUAAAAAUUCCAAGAGGGAGACGGUGUGUUUGGAGCAUUCCAGGGAUGGAGAAGGAUUCUCCAUCCAAGCCUUCUGUGGCGGAGCUGGCUGGAAGGUUAAAAGGUCAAAUUCUGCCAAUUUCCAACUCAAAUGAUGAGGUGCCGUUUAGAAGAAAACCUCCAAGCUCCCUGAAGUUUCAAAGUCCAGAACAAGAAAAUGAUGAGUCUUCUAAACCAGCAUCACCCAGUAGCAUUAAAAUAAAGCUGAGGAACUCAGCCAUGAUUGAGAAGCUGCAGGCCAACCUUGCUCUGUCCCCCACCGCUCUGCUGCCUUCGCCCAAAGCUCCUGAGGUAAAGCUGCAGCCGGCACAGUUGUCCCCUGCCUUGGCCUGCAGCCCCCUGAGCCCCCCCUUAAGACCGUCACAGCCUUCCAGCGAAGAGGAGGAUCCCAUCAGCUUCGACAGCCCCCCUGAAGGCACGCCGCUGCCAAGCUUCAACAAGACUCGCGCACGGUUAUCGUUCAAGAGACGCCCACCCACCAGGCAGCACAGAAGGGCAGCAGGAGAGGAAGUGGAAGCCGCUAAUGGCCAACAGCCCCCGUGUGAACUGGAUUUUCCAAGAGAAAACGGGGACGAGGAGCAGGCUGAAUCUGGGCAUCUGGGAGGUCUGAAAGAACACCGAGAGGAAGACUGUGAAAAGAUGGAGGCCGAAGAAACCCAGAGUGACCCAGACGAGAGGGGGGAUUUGGAACAGGAAAUGGAACAAGUCACGCCCGCGGAGGCUUUGAAGGAGGAUCAGCAGCCGUUAGAGCAGCUAGAAGGAGAAGAUGAGACGGAGGAGCAGGCCAAGACGCCUCUGGAGGCAGAUUCUGGAGAACAUGGUGCAAUGUGAACUAUUAAAAUGUUUUUUUAAUUAUUCUGUGCUUUCAGCCAGAGAACUUCUCUUUUAUAAUGCUUUGUUGCCCUCUCCUGGCCAGCUGUGGAAAAGGUCAGAGAAUGAAGGAGAGAAACAGCAGAUUUAUGGAAACAAGGAGCUGAUGUUUUAUCCACAAUCACAGGAGGUACAAAGUCUGCUGUUUUUAUGACAGCUACCAGUCAUGUGUCCACAUCUAGAGGCUGUUACAAAACAAUACUGAUAUACAUAGGAGCUACAGAUAAAUGUAAACAUAUUAGAUUUAUGAUUUCAGAUAAAUAAAUGUUUAUUCUAAUAUCAGAUUACUUUAAAUUAAGGUUGUAUAUUUUCUUUGACGUAUAAAUAUUUUUAAACCUUCUGCUCAUUGCUUUACUCUUGGCUUCCAAUUAACAAGACUUCCUAGUAUGUUUUACACUGGUCUUGAGUUUUCCCAUCGUAUCUGAGGGACUUUCAAACGUUUUCUUGAAAUUAUUUCAAUUUUUUUCCCCCUAAAAAUAUUAAACCUGGUUUAUUUACCUGACCUGGAUUGCAUAUUGUGCUUAAAUAACGAGAACAGUGGACAGCGGAGGACAAAAGAAGCAUAAAUAACUAUAAAACAGAUGAACAGGAUUUGAAAAAAAAAAAGUCACAAAAAAACAAUAAAUCGGGUUUAGAGCAGGCUGCUGAUGUCAAAGUGCCCAAAGAACACAUUGGAAAUCUUUUUUAAGUUUUUUGUUAAUUCUUGGCACAAAGCUGGCUAACCAUGUGAGUUUUAGGAGAUUUUUUAAAGACAAACCGAAUCAGAUACGCGACUGAACAAAAGAAAGCAAACAAUCCAGAGUUCACGGUAAGCUCUGGAAGACCUUCGGAAGUGAUCACGUACAAACAACUGACUUUAUUUACAUUUGAUAGUAUUUUGACUUUGCAUGUUUCUGAGUGGAAUGUUAAUGCGACUUCUGUAUGAUUUUGCUGGUAAAAAAUAUACAAGAUGCAGUAAUACCAAAAACUAUCAUUUAAGUCAAACAAACAUGUGUGUGUGUGUGUGUGGCCACAAUGCCUUUUAAAAAUGGAACAAGGCAGUUUAUGCUUGCUUUUAGCACCCCCUAGUGUCUGUUUGUAGAACUGAAAGCAAAACCCAUCUCCUCCCUGUGCGUUCGUCUUUUUAACACAUUAAUCUAACAGCUGAAGUGUCUCCCCAGCCUUCCUCAGUGUCUACAGGAGUGAUUCAUCACUAAAUGAAACAAAUCAGCUAUGUUCAUGAUCUAAAGCAUGCAGGAAAUGUGCUGGAAGCAGACUGCAGCUCCAGGUAUGUCAGCUAAAUCCCGAAGUUGCAAGUGGAUUAUACUGGGCACAGGGGGGAUAGGGGCUGGGUGGCCUUUCAUUAACCCUGUAAAGGCUCAUUUUAGCACAUACUGUCUUAAGAAAAUGAUUAAAAAUAUGAAAAAUGUGUAAAGUGUCCCUUUAAUUCAUUGUUAAACAUCUCAACAUUGGUGAAAAACAUGUUUUUGGGCAGAAUUUGUUUGCAGAAUGUGUUUAUUUUAAAAGUUGAAAACCAUUUGAAACCUAAACCGGACAUCUGUAAUUUGAGCUGUAGGUAAAUAUUUCACUUCCUUCAGGACAUCCUGGCAAAAACGAUCCAUUUAAAAUUUAAUUAUGCUAAAUUCAAACACAAACAUUUUACAGAGAAGGAAGAAAGGCGGUCACUGACGCAAUGUGCAUUUUGACUCAGUAUCUCCCAGAUCGGUCUGGCUAAGUAACAUCAUUUAGAAAUGGUUUCUGGUGUUUAGAGCAAUUAACAUAGGAUCUAUUGAAAGAAAUCACUUAAUUUUUUUUGAUAAAAAUCCUAAUAAAAUAUGUUGAAUCAUGUGAAAUGUGAUAAUAAAUGCUGUGUCUCGUUGGUCUGGCUUAGUAAUAUCAUUGAGAAAUGGUUUUGGGUAUUAUGACUAAUUUACCUAGGAGCUAUUGAAAAAAAUCCCAAAUUUUUUAAAUAAAAAUCCUAAUAAAAAAGAUCAGAUCGUA